CAGAGCGACGAACCCCCUACCGUGCCAAUUGGCGCUGGUAGGCCACAAGCAAAAGGCAUGGACACGUCACAGCAGACGCCCACGCAGCUCAAUGUAGAGCGAGACUAUGGCCAAUUCUACGGACCUCCGGGGUCGAGCCCACCGCCUGAUACUUUGCGCUCACACGACGAGCGUGAACGGACGCUGCAAGCUGACGAUACCGGUGCGGUCAACUUUGGGAACUUGAGUCCUGGGGUGCGUCCGUCUUCGCAAGUUUCAGAAGAUGCAGGGUUCGAAAAUACUCGUGGCGAAUGGAGAGUGCCGGACGUGACCUCGCAACAGCGGUCAAGCCAUGGCUACACUCCAUUGAAACCUGGAGGUCAGCUGCCAGAGACGCCAAUGCCACCGAAGAAUCCCUUUGCCGUUCCGAAUAAUGCAACCGCCGGUGUCCCUUUUGCAGGCACGCAGCUCUUCGAGCAGACUCCUGUGGUAACCUCUGCUGUGAAAAUCCACAGCCCUACGUCAUCCCGACCGUCACCAAACAUACUGCCCGACACGAUUUCCUUGAAUAUUAUCGAAACAUCUCCUUUGAGAAAUCGCGACAAUGUGUCCUCGCCAACCGUUUUGCAUACGUCGAGCCCUACUCGCCCGAAUAAUUUUCCCACAAACACAAGAAAGCCUAGGGUGUCUCCAAUUCGGGAAGAGGCAUUAGACGAAGACAGAGAUGCCCAUGAUGACAUGAUUCCAGAGUCACCGACUGUUCAACCGUUGAGACCAUACGGAAAUCGACAACCCCAAGCUCAUUAUGAGCCAAUGAAAAAGUCACAAGAGCGCAAAGCAAUAGUGGAGGAGGUCCCUCAGGGUAUUGACAGUGACUCAGACGAUGCUAUCAUAAGGAUGAGGCGUAAGAAGAAGAUGGAGAAAAUAAGACACCAGACUGCAGAAGAGAUGGAGAGGGUAAGAGUACAGAUACCCACACGGAGAGAUUUGAGUGACAGCCGGAAUCGAAAGAGAAGAAAGCUCUCCUCCGGUGGUGAAGAAGAGAAUCUCCUCGAUAAAAAUGCAAGCUCAGGCCAAAUGGAGCUUGCUAGUGCCCGCAUUGAUAUGCAGAGUUCUCACAAAGGAUCAAGUUUGCCUGAGCAGGGUCUAUCAGCCGGAUCCACCAAAGCAACCCCAAGAGAUACAGUAUCAGGCGAUGGCAGCAGAAAAGUUGCAGCUAUUCGAUCAGGCAGAAGUAAAGAGGCAGCCUCCGAGGAGAUGAUUCCCGCUACUAGCCCUGUGAGAUCCUUAUCAACAGGCGCUCAGCGCGGCCCUCUACUUGCCUCUGAACCCGAUCUGCCUCCAUUAGUCGAGAGUGUGGCGAGGGAAAAGGAGGCCGAAAACGAAGCGGAAACUUCAUCCUUGCCUCCACCCCGUCGACAUGCACAAAGAGUCUACGGCAAACAAGUACAAAGCCGUCGUCGAAAUAGAAUCAUUACUUCAUCAGAAACUAAUGAGAGAGUAUCAGCGGAGCCAGAUACCGAAGCCCAGAAGGGCCUUGGAAGUGCUAAUAAGGCACUUGCUAUACCUACCAGAUCGGCCGUGGCUCGAAGAUUGGCCGAACAGGGUGAGCCAAUGCAGACAGGCAACACAGAAACAGAGCUACCGAAAUCGUCCCCUCCAAGCUCUCGUUCUGCAGCGACCGCAGCAGCAUCGUUUCGGACUCAGAGGCGCGAUCGAUCACCUCUUACACCUGUGCACCGUCGUGCGUUAGAUCGGGGGGCUCAUACCUCGUCAAGUUUAACAACCUUGUCAACGCCAGUGAUUUCUGGGAAAAAUACACCAGAUACACAGGCCUCCUUAGCAUCUGACGAACCAAAAUCAACUUCCAAUCUACCUUCCCCAGCUCAGAGUCGAAAGACGAGGGCUCGAAAUACGGGACGGGAAUCAAGAGAGAAGACUCCACAGCAACCCAUCAAGGCGAUGAAAACGAGUAUGCGAUCUGCACGUGUAGAACCUAGUUCUACCGAUGAACUGCAACAAACACCAUCAAGCAGUGCUGCCGAAUUGGGCGUUUCCUCACUGAGAUCUAGUAGGAUCUUUAAGCAAAGCAUCGGAUCUACGUUUCGAGGACGAAGACUGUUUGAAGGCAUGGUAUUUGCGAUAUCAAUGUCGCCUGACAAGGGGAAUCAAAAGACUCGUGCAAAUCUGGAGACAAAGAUUAAGCAAGCGGGUGGCCUCAUCUUGGAAUCUGGCUUUGAGGAGUUGUUUGAGCCUUCUACUGUCAUGAGCACCUACGACGUACCAGUUGGUGGUGAUGCAGAACCUCUCAGUCUAUCUAAGCAGAGCCUAAGCUAUGGUUUUACCGCACUGAUAGCAGAUAAUCACUCGCGGAAAGUCAAAUACAUGCAAGCAUUGGCCUUAGGGUUGCCUUGUCUUGCAUACCAGUGGGUAAUGACGUGCCUCAACAAGGGAACUCUGAUUGAUUGGGAGCCCUAUCUCCUCGCAGCCGGAUCAUCUGCUGUUUUAGGAAAUGCCGUGAGAUCUAGAUGCUUGCGUCGAUACGAUGCUGCAGAUGCCAGGCUCGUAGAGAUGGUUGAGCAACGACCACAAUUACUUGCAGGCGAAAAGCUACUUGCACUUGUGGAUGAUUCAAGAACACGGAAUGAAGGAAAGAAGAAGAAGAGCGACCCAGAGAAAAAGCCGUACAUGUUUCUCGCUCAGGCGCUGGGUCCGUCUAUAUCAUGGGUUUCAACGAUAUCGCAGGCUCGUGAACUGCUCGAGGCACACGACAAGGCAGGCAAACCGUACACCUGGUUAUACAUGGAUGAAUCCAUCGGCCCUGUUGAAUCGGUGCUCACGAUAUCCGAGCCCACGGGGAAGAAACGGCGGAGAUCUCAGGGGCCGUUGGCAACGAGGAAUGUUCGUGUCUUGUGCGAUGAGCUUAUGAUUCAAAGCCUCAUUCUCGGCAGAAUGGCAGAGGAAGAUGAAAUGGAUUACGCGGGAGAGAAGAAUUGA